AUGUGUGCAGCUUUGCAGACGCUUGGACUGAAUCCAUACCAUUUCGUUGAAGUCACCCGCAAUUUGAAGAAUGACCACUUUGAGCUCUGGUUGGCGGCGAUACACGCCAAGUACGACGGCGACGGGACGCCUUUUGCAGGCAAAGAUUUCGACCAGAUGCUGUGGAACUACGAUGCAAGACUUGAAUCCGCUGUCACCGAUGCGCCGGCUUGUCUUUUUCCGGACGAGCUGCUUGCCGCAUAUCCGUCUGCCAAGGUGGUGCUCAUGGCGCGAGAGCCCCGGUCGUGGCUGGCGUCGAUGCGAGCAACCGCCCUGGCUGUGCUAGCCUGGCGGUCGUGGAGCAUCCUGGCCUGGCUCGAUACCGAGUUCUCGAGGCCGUACUGGCGGCUUCUCAAUCGGGCCACGAUUGUAUGGUCAGCCGGGCAGCCACCCUGGCACGCAAGCGCCGAUGCCGCUCUGCUGCGCUAUCACGAAGAGUACCACCUUCACGUCCGCGAAGUCGUGCCUCAAGAGAAGCUUCUGGAAUUCCAUCCCUCGCACGGAUGGGCGCCACUGUGCGCCUUCCUGGGCGUCUCUGUCCCUGACGUCAAAUUUCCUCACGUCAACGACAGUGGCUUCUUCAUCACAAUGCACCGCCGCAUAUACUGGACCCGCUGGCGCAAGGUGAUGAAAAAGGCGGCUCCUUCUGUUGUUGUCGGCGUGGUGUUCCUCGCGGCUGCCUUUGUGCGGAGGUUGCAAGGCGGGAGUUUGUUGAACUUUGAUUUCAUGUAA